AUGGAUCUGGAGAGGUUAGGAGUGGAGUUGGUGGACAAAGAUCCACAGGAAUUCAUUGCCAAUAUAACUAUUCAACCAACUUUUCAAGAGAGAAUCAAAGUUGCUCAGAAGGAAGACGCAGAGCUGGUAAAGGUUAUGAAAGGGGUUCAGGAUGGUUUAAAGCUGGAUUUCAAUAUCUUAGAUGAUGGGGUAUUGAGAUUUCACAUCAAGAUUUGCGUACUGAAUGACACCCAGAUGAAGAGGCUCAUUCUAUGGGAGGCACACCGUUUACUCUACACAAUACAUCCAAAGAGUAUGAAGAUGUACAGGGAUUUGAGGGAAUAUUUCGGGUGGCCUAACAUGAAAAGAAAGAUCGCCCGUUUCGUAUAG